AUGGAGACUAAAGGCGGCCUCUUCCAUUAUGCUGAUUGGAUAGACAAACUGCUAAUGUUCUUUGGAAUUUUGGGCAGCAUGGGAGAUGGGUUAUCGACGCCACUUACCAUGUACACUUUAAGUGGUGUAAUUAAUGACUAUGCAACUUCUGAAUCUGAUACUGGUAUAUCUCUCUCCAUUGAAGUAGUAGAUAAGUAUUCUCUGAGGCUCCUCUAUGUUGCUACUUUUGUUGGAACUUCUGCUUUCCUAGAAGGAAUUUGUUGGACGCGAACAGCAGAGAGACAGGCAUCUAGAAUUAGAAUGGAGUACCUAAAAUCAGUCCUAAGGCAAGAAGUUGGUUUCUUUGACAAGCAAGCUACUUCCAACAGCACCUUCCAAGUCAUCUCUGCCAUCUCUUCUGAUGCUAAUUCAAUUCAAGACACCAUAGCUGAGAAGAUACCCAAUUGUCUGGCUCACCUCUCAUCAUUCAUCUUUACCUUAGUAGUAGCCUUUAAACUUUCUUGGCGAUUGGCAUUGACGACCUUGCCAUUCACAUUCAUGUUCAUCAUUCCUGGAGUUGUUUUUGGGAAGCUACUAAUGCACAUAGGGACAAUGGGGAAAGAAGCCUAUGCAGUGGCAGGAGGAAUUGCAGAACAGGCAAUCUCAUCGAUUCGUACUGUUUACUCGUAUGUGGGGGAGCAUCAAACUCUGGAAAGAUUUGGAAAUGCACUCCAAAAGAGUAUGGAGCUUGGCAUAAAGCAAGGGCUUGCAAAGGGAUUGUUGAUAGGGAGCAUGGGAAUGAUUUUUGCAGUUUGGGGCUUUCUGGCUUGGGCUGGCAGUGUUCUUGUUACCGAAAAAGGAGAAAAAGGUGGUGCUGUUUUUGUGUCUGGAAUCUGUACCAUCUUGGGAGGAGUGUCCAUCAUGAGUGCACUUCCAAAUAUUUCAUUUCUCUCAGAAGCAAAAAUUGCUGCCACGAGAAUUCAAGAGAUGAUUGACCAGAUUCCAGUUAUAGAUUCUGAAGAUGAAAAAGGGAGAACACUCUCAUAUUUGAGAGGAGAAAUCGAAUUUAAGGAGGUAGACUUCAGCUACCCAUCAAGACCAGAUACCCCAAUUCUGCAAGGAUUCAAUCUUAAAGUGAAAGCAGGUAAGACAGUAGGUCUUGUUGGAGGCAGUGGUUCUGGCAAGUCCACGGUCAUUGCUUUGCUUGAAAGAUUCUAUGAUCCUAUUAGCGGAAAUAUUCUCCUUGAUGGCUACAAAAUAAAGAGACUUCAGCUUCGAUGGUUGAGAUCCCACAUGGGACUGGUUAAUCAGGAACCAGUUCUCUUUGCAACAUCCAUAAAGGAGAACAUUCUAUUUGGUAAGGAAGAUGCUUCUAUGGAACUUGUUGAGAGAGCAGCUAAAGCUGCAAAUGCACAUGACUUCAUCCUUAAGUUGCCUGAUGGAUAUGAAACACAAGUAGGGCAAUUUGGAGUUCAGUUGUCUGGAGGUCAGAAGCAAAGGAUUGCCAUAGCGAGGGCUUUAAUCAGAGAUCCGAAGAUCCUUUUGCUUGAUGAAGCCACAAGUGCUUUGGAUGCAAAGUCUGAAAGAAUAGUACAAGAAGCCCUGGACAAGGCUUCAGUAGGAAGAACAACAAUUAUUGUUGCACAUCGCCUGUCGACAAUUCGUGAGGCUGAUUUGAUAGCUGUCCUUCAAUCAGGGAGAGUGGUUGAAUCAGGUUCUCACUAUGAGCUGAUGCAAGUGAACAAUGGAGAAGGUAGGGCUGGGGCUUACUAUAAAAUGGUGCAAUUGCAGCAAUCGGCAGUACAAGAAGGAGCUGUGUACUCUCCCAAUUACCCAACACACCGAACAAGCCGCCUUAUAAUGCAAAGCGCCCAAACUCCUGUACAUACCAGUGUGAGAUCAAGUUAUCAAGGCAGUCCAGCCUAUGCCUUCAGCCCUGUGUUUUCCAUCAGUAUGACAUCCUCAGUCCAAGUGCAUUCACAUGAUGACCAAAAUGGUGAGAGCUUAAAGAAAUCUCUCCAUCCUUCCCCUUCUCAAAGGCGCUUGCUAAGAAUGAAUGCUCCUGAGUGGAAGAGAGCAUUACUUGGUUGCCUUGGUGCUGCUGGUUUUGGAGCAGUUCAGCCUGGUCAUGCCUAUUGUCUAGGAUCAAUUGUCUCAGUGUACUUCCUUGCAGACAACUCCAAAAUCAAAUCAGAAUCCAGAACCUAUUGCUUCAUCUUUUUAGGACUAGCAAUUCUCAGUUUCAUUACUAAUCUCCUUCAGCAUUACAAUUUUGCAAUCAUGGGAGAACGCUUAACCAAAAGGGUGCGGGAAAAAAUGCUUGAUAAGGUGUUCAGCUUUGAGGUUGGAUGGUUUGAUGAAGAGGAGAAUACGAGCGCUGCCAUUUGCGCACGGCUGGCAACCGAAGCCCAACUGGUUCGAUCCCUGAUUGCAGAUCGUAUGUCAUUCCUGGUUCAGGUUUUCUUUAGUGCUUCCAUUGCCUUUGCGCUAGCUCUGUUGGUCUCUUGGAGAGUAGCAAUUGUUAUGAUUGCCAUCCAGCCACUAAUUAUAGGGAGCUUCUAUUCAAGAACUAUUCUAAUGAAAACUUUGUCUGAAAGAGCUCAGAAAGCACAAAGUAAGGGAAGCCAACUAGCUAGUGAAGCUAUCAUUAACCACAGGACUAUCACUGCAUUUUCAUCACAAAAGAGGAUAUUGGGAUUCUUCAGACAAACAAUGAAAGGCCCCAAGAAGGAAACAGUAAAGCAAUCAUGGAUUUCAGGAUUUGGUCUAUUCAGUUCUCAGCUCCUGACAACAGCAUCUGUAGCUUUGAUAUUUUGGUAUGGGGGUAGGUUAAUGUCUGAAGGAAAAAUAGAAUCGAAGCGCCUUUUUCAAGUAUUCUUCCUCUUGAUGAGCACAGGUAAAAACAUUGCAGACGCAGGAAGCAUGAGUUCUGAUUUAGCUAAAGGCAACAAUGCAAUCAGAUCACUUUUUGCAAUUCUUGACAGGGAAAGUGAAAUUGAUCCAGAUGAUCCGAAUGGAAUUAAAGUGAAAAGGAGUAUUAACGGCUGCAUAGAAUUAAAGAACAUAUUCUUCUCCUACCCUGCCAGGCCUAAUCACAUGAUCUUCAAGGACUUAAGCCUCAAAAUUGAAGCAGGAAAAACAUUUGCACUUGUAGGACAAAGUGGUUCAGGAAAAUCCACCAUCAUUGGACUGAUUGAAAGAUUUUAUGAUCCGCAAAAUGGAGUAAUACUGAUAGAUGAACGCGACAUCAAGAGUUACAACUUGAGAAGACUGAGGUCACAUAUUGCAUUAGUGAGUCAGGAACCCACUCUUUUUGCAGGAACUAUCUACCAAAACAUCGUUUAUGGUAAAGAAGAUGCUACAGAAGCUGAAAUAAGAAAAGCUGCAAUGCUAGCCAAUGCCCAUGAAUUUAUCAGUUCCAUGAAAGAUGGAUAUGACACCUAUUGUGGAGAAAGGGGAGUGCAGCUAUCAGGAGGGCAGAAGCAAAGAGUAGCACUGGCUAGGGCAAUAUUAAAGAACCCAGAAAUCCUUCUCUUGGAUGAGGCAACAAGUGCACUUGAUAGUGUAUCAGAAAAUUUAGUCCAAGAAGCGUUAGACAAGAUGAUGGUUGGGAGAACGUGUGUUGUAAUCGCGCAUCGGUUGUCUACAACACAGAAAGCAGACUCCAUAGCUGUGAUAAAGAAUGGAAAGAUUGUAGAAAGAGGAUCACAUUCUGAACUACUAGCUAUUGGACGCCAUGGCUCCUACUACUCUCUCAUUACGCUACACUCCUCAGCCGCGUCCACAGCUCCCAGUCACUUGCCUCGCCGUCCACGGUAACCUCCUCUGCGCUGCUUCCUCUCAUGAAAUCAAUGUCGACGAUCGAAGCAGCUGCACGCAUCUCCAUGCGUUCAAUGACGAUGAUUCAUCUUACGGCUUUGUAAAGUCCGUCUCCUUCUAGGACGGAAAAAUCUUCACUGCUCAUCAGGACUCAAGGAUCUGCAUUUGGAAACUGUCUCCGAGUAAAGAGUAUAAGUUGGUAACCGUUCUCCCCACCCUUAACGAUCGUUUACGCCGUUUCAUUUUCCCGAAGAACUACGUUAAAAUCCGGCGUCACAAGAAGCUGUCUGGAUCGAACACGCCGACGCAGUAACUGGCCUCGCCGUUAACAAUGGUUUAAUCUAUUCGGUUUCUUGGGACAGUUACUUGAAGAUACGGAGAGCAUCUGAUCUCCGGUGUUUAGAGUCUAUAAAAGCACACGAGGACGCAGUUAAC